ACUAUCUGAUUUCUAAACGAAAAUUUAAAAAAAAUGGACUGUUUACGUCAACUUGAAAUCUUUGUAUAAUCGAAAUGUCAAAAUGGGAGUGAAAACUGAGGAAAACAAUGUGAAAAUUUAUUUUUUGUAACAAGAAAAUGCCAAAAAUGUGCGAUUUGAUCAUUUAAUAUCGUCACCGAAAUGUUUACCAAGAAAUCCCAUCAAGAUGUUAAAAAAUCUACCGUUAAAAUUCAAGAUUCUAAAAAGGAUUCUGCGACACGACUAAAGCACCUAAAAAUCGUGUUAGAACAUUUUGAUGCUGAGGAAGCAAAAACAUAUUUUGAAAACAACUUUAGUCAUGUCUACUUUAUAUUAUAUGACAAUUUCAUUCAAGCAGAAAACAAUCUACGCCAAAGAGUACACAAAGCUGGCAGAGAGGAACUAGAGGGAGCAUUAUGCUUACUAGAAAAAGUAUUAUGUCUCCUGCCAGAGUUAAUAGGCAAGAGAUGGCAACUGCAUUCACUAACAAGAAUAUUUUCAAAGCUCCUCCAUAGUUGGAAUUCACAAAGACUUAGAGCAGAAGCUAUAAGGUAUUUUCUGUUAUGGUAUCAAGCUCUAGGAGAUAAUGCCCCAACAGAGGUGCAUAAGAUGUUUGCUUCAUUAAUCCCUGGGUUACCAGAACCUUUCAUCCAACCAACUGGCACACCUCUCAAAAAUAAACCUUUUGAAAUUGGCUCAAAUGUGUCACAUGAAUCAGGUGACUUUAGCAUCAAUGAUAUUAUGCAGCAUCCUAACUUCACAACAGCCACAGACAAUGCUAAGAAAGUUGUAGUAGAACAAACCCCUACAGGAAUCAUAGGGAAGUUGGCUAAUGUGUCUGCUUCAAUAUUUCAUGAUACAAAUGCUUUAAACCCAGUACAGACAGUUGAAAUUCAACCAUUACUACCAGCAAGUGCCAAUGAAAGACCAGUUGAUAAUGAAACAAAAUAUUUCUUUGAAAUUUUACUUGAUGGCAUGGCUACAUCAGUAACAAAAAUACAUUGGAAAGAUCGCUCACACACAAAAUCAAUGAGAUGUUUUGCUUUUUUAUUGGAAAAGUUCAAAUUGUACUAUUUACCAAUAAUAUGUCCACAAUUUAAUCACAAAAACUCUCUUUAUAAACCUAAUUUGGAAGUGCCUGUUCAACAUAACAUAUUAGAAGAUGACUUUGUUUUAUGUCGUGUUAUACUUAUAAAGUGGGUUGCUAGUUUUGCUCACUUCAUGAAGAAGCAGGGCAGUGACGGCGGGCAGCCAUCUUCUAUGACCAGCACAGGAUCACAUAUACACUCAGGCACGCCUACGCCGGCCGCGUCGCUACACCAUGAAGAAGAAACCUCCUUUACGGUUGGGCACCCAUCAGAUUCAAGUCGUGCUUCGUCUCACGACUCUGCAUCUAACACUCCACAUCCUAGUUUGGAAUCAGGUUCUGUGAUGUAUGAGGAGCUGAGUGCAGAACUUGUGGUACGUGAUGUACUGUGCUGUUCAUCACGGGAACAUGUGGACUUUACUAUUGAAGUACUGAGACAGGCUUUCCUAUUACCUUUCUCACAUGCUGCUGCAGUACGACGUGUCAUCGCAUUAUAUAAAGAUUGGAUCCAAAUGAAUGUGGCAGAAAUUCCGCCAUUCCUGAUGGAGAGUGCCUUUGAGCAGCCAGGUGGAGAGCCGCUGGCGCCGCCGCGACGUCUGCGUAACGAUUCCUACCUUGGCGCAGUCGGCAGAGAUAACCUAAUGGUCCGUGCAGGGCUACAGAAUGUGCUUCAAGUGUUCAUGACUCAAGCGGCGAACGUUUUCCUCGCAUCGCCUUCACCUGUAGCGCCUCCUGGAGCACUCAGUCAGCAACAAUUGCUUGAUGAACAAACUGACACGUGCAAACGGGUACUCAAUAUAUACAGAUAUAUGGUCAUGCAUGUAGCUAUGGAUGCUGCAUCGUGGGAACAACUGCUUUUGGUGCUACUUCAAAUAACGUCUUUGGUACUAACAAAAGUGCCACCCAAACGGAAACAAGAAUCAUUGGGUGGAUUUCUAGCAUCGGCUUUAUUCCAAACUUUGAUAGUUACAUGGAUAAAGGCAAAUUUAAACGUCGCAGUGAAACCAGAGUUGUGGCAAAAUUUUAUGGAACUACUUUCGCGACUGACGCACUGGGAAGAUCUUAUCAAAGAAUGGGCGAAAACAAUGGAGACACUGACCCGAGUGCUAGCCCGACACGUCUAUUCCCUGGACCUGUCUGAAACGAAUGUCGCUACAGAAGGGAGGGGGCGUGGCCGCCGCACUACCCCCGCUCCCGUGCCCGCUCCCCACCCGCGUCCUCCUCUUCACCAAGUUACUGGACCGACAGUCUCUGAUGCGCGAACGCCAGGGAAAUCUCCAAAAGUCGGUCACGAGUCACAAGUUCGUAAAGAUGCUGGAGGUUCACGCCGACAGAUGGCGCGGUGUCGCAGCGACCCGCACCUCGCCAAAGAGACGCGAAUAGAAGAAACCAAAGAACCUGUUGUAAGCAACAAACCCAGAAGGUGGUACUCGUUAGAUUCAUUACGAAAUUCCACCCAACAAGAAGAACGAGAUUCUGCCAGUGGAUCCCGUUCUCCAUCGCCGGCACCGUCAAGUGGUGUUGAAAGUAGUUCUAUUAAGGACUCUCCACUGCAAAUUGAUUUGGCUUCUGAUGGUGGAAAUGUUGACGAUUUUACAAAACUCUCGCCCUCGUCGUAUAUCGCUCUCUUAAGUAACUUGCUUAUUAAAAUUGUAAUAAUUGAUCCCGUAUUCAAAACAUUAGAAUGGUCGGAGAGCGAAUCAGGGAUGGGUGGGUUGGGAGUGGGGGAGGGUGGGCGUGGGGCUGGGUCAGCAGGCGUCGGCGUAGUACUGGGCGGCACAGCGCGAGGGUGGUUGCCAGACGUAGCGGCUGUAUUAUGGCGCCGCAUGUUGGCUGCCCUCGGUGAUCCGAAUCACUUACGGGAACCACAUGCGCACGCGCACCUAUACAACUACCUCAUACAUCUGAACGCCACCCUACUCAAGGCAAGUGUUAUUAAUUAUUUUAUACAUAUCUACCUAUCCUAA